AUGUUGAAAGCUAACAAUAGACAAUUACAUCAAGCUACAAAGACCUUUGUACGUCAUGCUUCUUACAACCAGUUGCAAUUUGGAAUAGAAGGAAGAGCUGCCUUGUUAAAGGGAGUCAAUACUUUGGCUGAUGCUGUUUCAGUCACUUUGGGACCAAAAGGUAGAAACGUCUUGAUUGAACAACAAUUUGGUGCCCCUAAAAUCACCAAGGAUGGUGUUACAGUUGCCAAAUCUAUCACUUUGCAAGACAAGUUUGAAAACUUGGGAGCCAAGUUGUUGCAAGAAGUUGCCUCCAAGACUAACGAAAGCGCUGGUGAUGGUACUACUUCCGCCACUGUGUUGGGUAGAUCAAUCUUUACCGAGUCAGUUAGAAAUGUUGCAGCUGGAUGCAACCCAAUGGAUUUGAGAAGAGGCUCACAAGCCGCUGUUGACGCAGUUGUUGAAUUCUUACAAAAGAACAAGAAAGAAAUCACCACUGCUGAGGAGAUUGCUCAAGUUGCUACCAUUUCUGCCAAUGGUGAUAAAGCUAUUGGUGACUUGAUUGCAUCAGCAAUGGAAAAAGUUGGUAAAGAAGGUGUCAUUACCAUCAAGGAAGGUAAAACUUUGGAAGACGAAUUAGAAGUAACUGAAGGUAUGAAAUUCGACCGUGGUUACAUUUCACCAUAUUUUGUUACCAACACCAAAACCGGAAAGGUUGAAUUUGAAAACCCAUUGGUUUUGUUGUCAGAAAAGAAACUCUCCAGCAUCCAAGAUAUUUUACCAUCUUUGGAAGUUUCCAAUCAAACUAGAAGACCAUUGUUGAUCAUUGCUGAAGAUAUAGAUGGAGAAGCUUUAGCUGCUUGUAUUUUGAACAAGUUGAGAGGUCAAGUUCAAGUAUGUGCUGUUAAAGCCCCUGGUUUUGGUGAUAACAGGAAAAACACUUUGGGUGAUAUUGCCAUCCUCACUGGUGGUACAGUUUUCACUGAAGAAUUGGACAUCAAACCAGAAAAUGCAACCAUUGACUUGCUUGGUAAAGCUGGUUCUAUCACUGUUACUAAAGAAGAUUCCGUUGUUCUCAAUGGUGAAGGAGCUAAGGAAAACAUUGAGCAAAGGGUUGAGCAAAUCAAAUCUGUCAUUGAUGAUGCUCAAACCACUGAAUAUGAAAAGGAGAAGUUGCAAGAACGUUUGGCCAAAUUGUCUGGUGGUGUAGCUGUCAUCAGAGUUGGUGGUUCUUCUGAAGUUGAAGUUGGUGAGAAGAAAGAUAGAUAUGACGAUGCUCUCAACGCCACCAGAGCAGCUGUUGAAGAAGGUAUUUUACCAGGUGGUGGUACUGCAUUAAUCAAGGCAGUUCCAGUCUUGGAAGACUUAAAGUCAAAGAGUGAUAUUUUUGACCAAAAAUUGGGUAUUCAAAUUAUUCAAAGAGCAAUUACACAACCAUGUAAGCAGAUAAUGGACAACAGCGGGGUCCAAUCCGAAGUCAUUGUUUCUAAAGUUGAAGAGAACCCUGAUUUCACCUGGGGUUACAAUGCUGCCAGUAACGAGUACGGUAACUUGAUUCAACAAGGUAUCAUUGAUCCAUUUAGAGUUGUCAAGAGUGGGUUGACUGAUGCAGUUGGUGUUGCAUCUCUCUUGGCUACCACUGAGUGUGUUAUUGCUACCGCUGGAAAAGACGAGCCAGCUGCUCCACAAGGUCCACCAAUGUUUUAA